UUAUACCCAAAAAUAGUUAGUACAAAAAGGGAUAGAGAUACACAUGAACUAUUUUAUUACACAAUCAAUGAAAUGGAUUCAUCCAAAGAAGAAUGGCUUAGGAAACGCUACACAGACGCACCAUCCGAAGGACCUCAAGCAAAACGUGUAAAGUUCGAGGAUUUGUAUAACGACAUCUCUUCAGCUUUUGUAAAGACAAAAUUCAACUCAAAAAUGGUGUCAGACGUUAUUAAGUCUGUUUUUCCUCUUUCAAUAUCAAGACCAGCUGGAAAAUCUCGCAAGUCACACAUUUUUGGUAUUGAACCUCGGGAACAACCAGUAGAUCUACCAAAUCCUUCGCCAUUACAACACGAGAACAGUCAGCUAAGACAACAGGUGAAAGCAUUGGAAGAACGAGUUCAUGGGCUAGAGGAACAGCUUGUCGGGCAAAUAAAUUCCUUGACAACUUCGAAAAACGUUGCUUAUCAUGGGCCUGAUACUGUUGACCACUUCAAUGACUUUACCAUGGCUAAACUCCUUGAAGAAUUUGAGCUGCUAUCUCCUGAUGUAUUGCGAUUGCUGAGGAUUCUCGGUAACACUGGCAGGCGGGAUAAUGAAGAUGAUGAAGAAGUGGAUCCAACAUCAGACACAAUGGUGGUGAUGGCCAUGUGUGCCCUGCUGAAAAGCCGAACAAGAAAGGUUCUUGGACUUCAACUUUUGAUCAGCUUCAUGCUAGUGGCUCGGUCAACAAACAGUCAGGCUCUCAAUUGCUUGAAUCAUGCUGGGAUAUGUGUGUCAUAUGUAACCACAUGGAAGUACCUAAAACAACUGACUGAUCAAGCCAGAUACACUGAGCUAGUACGAGAAGGGCACUGGCUAUGGGUUUUUGACAACGUUAAUAUGCACCAAAAAGUCAGACACGAACGUGAAGAUUGCCACUCGAGUAUGCUCAACAUUACAGCACGCAUAGCUGUUCGAAUAAAACGUGUUCCAGAUUGGUCAUUUGAAUGGAGUGAUAUUACACCGCAACGCGCUCUUGACUCACUCACGACGGUCGAUUUCUUGCCAAGUGAACAAGAUGGAGAUGAGCUGAAGAAAAGAGCAGUUAGAUACAUGAAGCAAUUCCUAGUGAAUGAGUUCAACAGCCUCACCCACCUUAAACAGUUUGUUCCAGAAGAGCCACCGCGUGAGCAUACAGAGCCAGACCAAGUUGUACCAAUGAAGGUCCUGUUCAAGGAUGAAAAGUACACAGCAGAAACGAUUGACAUUCUGUCUCAAAUUGCCAAAGAUGCCAAGUUAGAUCAUUUUGUGCCUCAGGUUGUGAUUGGUGACCAACUGUCAUGUAAGAAUAUAAGGGGAAGCAAGUUGUGGCGACAGGCUGAAGUUAAAGAAAUAGAUACUUUGAAAUGGGCAAAUGAAACCCCAGGAGACUUCCACUUCCUCUGGACAUGUCUGCGUACGGUCUUUACGAAGUUCUGGGGGUGUCCCGCUCAUUCUGGAACAUUGUGCAACAUGCGUGAGGUGACACGACGAACAAGUGUUGACAAGAAUGUUAAAGUAUUCAACGUAUGUGACGAGUUUUUAGUUCAUGCCUUCAAAGGGCAUCUCAUCUCCGGUGUUUUGACUUACUUCAAGGCGAAAUCACCUGCUGACCUCAUUGAGCAUAGUGCGACAGAGAGAUGGCUACAAGAAACAGCCGAUACGUUAGUGUCGAAAACCCUCAUGCCAAGCAACUCUACUGAUCCAGUGUACAAAAUGCAUAGAUCAUUCCUUCACCAUGCAUUCCUAUACAUCGAUCUACGGGAAGCAAUUCGAUGGGAGAAUGGCCAACAAAUUGUCAGGCAUUGGAAGUACUGGUUGCCACACUUUCUUGCAGAGGGGUGUACAAACUAUGCCGUCGAGGCAGUUCAUGUCAUCUCAAACUUAAUAGCAUCAUUUCCAAAGCACAUAGCCGUAUAUUGCGACGCACAACCGGACCGUCAACAUGACAGGUAG